AUGAAAAUGUUACCCACUGCAAUGAGUUUAUUUGCUACUCUUUGUUCAGCAUCAACGUUACUUGGUAUUCCAGUAGAAAUCUAUUACUAUGGCAUUAGCUAUCUUUAUUUUAUUCUUUGUUGGUUAAUUGCAUCUUAUGUCGCAAGUCAUAUUUUCAUUCCUAAAUUUCGAGAACUCGGCUAUAUAAGUUUAUAUACAUAUGUGGAAAAACGAUUUUCAUUAACACUACGUAUCAGUGUGACGUUGACAUUUAUUAUCAGUUUCAUGCUUUUUAUGGCUGUAAUUUUAUAUGGGCCUAGUUUGGCUCUAAGUCAAGUUAUCGGAAUCGAUCUUUGGCUUGCAAUCGUUUCUUCCGGAAUUAUUUGUACAUUCUAUACAAGUAUUGGUGGUAUGAAAGCCGUCAUUUGGACAGAUGUAAUACAAACUUUAAUCAUCUUUUCGGGCGUUCUUCUUUCAAUUGUCUUCGGUUUUAUGGAUACUGGUGGUGUUAAGAAAGUUUUCGAAACAGCAUAUCUGAAUCAACGUAUGAAUCUAUUCAACAUUAGUUUUGAUCCAACUGUACGUUAUACGGUUUGGUCGUUAAUGAUUGGUGGUACAUUCUAUGCUACAUCGUGUUCUUGUAUCUUACAAACACAAACACAACGAUACAUGUCUGUGAACAGUACACGAGACGCUCAGAAAGCUACAUGGAUCAAUAAUAUUAUGUUGGGAAUACUUUUAUUUUUAUGUUGUAUAGUAGGACUUUUGGUUCAUGCAAAGUAUCAUGAUUGUGAUCCACUGGGAGCAAAAUUGGUUUCUAAAUCUGAUCAAAUUUAUCCAUUGUUUGUCAUGGAAACAUUCAAAAGAUUUCCUGGUCUUACUGGUCUUUUCAUGGCUUCGAUUUUAAGUGGCUCUUUGAGUUCGAUAUCAUCAGGCGUGAAUAGUAUUACUGCAGUGAUAAUUGAGGAUAUUUGGAAACGUUUAACACCGAAUCAACCUCUAUCCGAUAAAACUCAAACAAUUAUUUCCAAAUAUACAUCUUUUACCUUAGGUGUAAUUACAGUUCUACUUGCUUUUAUUGUUUCCUAUUUACCAAGCAUACUGGCACUUGUAUAUUCCGUCAUUGGUACAUUGACUGCACCCAUUUUUGGCAUCUUUCUUCUUGGUUUCUAUUUUCCUCGAGUUAACAAUAGAAGCGCACUGAUUGCAUUUUUCAUCAGUCUUGUGUUUCAACUUUGGGUUCUUAUUGGUGCUAGUUUUACCGUUCAUCAACAGCUACGACGAAGUUUGCCGACAUCUGUCAAUGGAUGUACGUCACUUAAUAUCACAUUAAAGACUCCAUUAAUAAUAAGUCAAAAUCUUAGUAGUCCCAAUUUCUUUUUACCUUUGUAUUCUAUUUCAUUCAUUUGGUAUGCAUUUAAUGGUGUUUCAAUAACAGUUAUUAUGGGUCUCGCUUGUUCAUUGCUAUGGUAUAAUUCUAAAUCGGAUAUUGAAAAAAUCGAUCAAUCUCUAUUAAUGUCUUGUCGCCGAAACGCUUGCUGCGGUUCUUUGUCAACAAAAAGUUUAGACAAUCCGGAGGUAACAAUGGCUGUUAAUAGCCAAGGAACGAGAAAUAAAGAUGCUGAACAUGAACAUAUGGAUCCAACAGCUACGAAUAAAAAGGAAUUGGUGACGCUCCUUUCAUCUGAAAACUGA